AUGAUGAAUCAUGUAUUAGUGUUAAAUGUGCUAUACCAAUAUGUCUAUCGUAUUUAUAAACAAUUUGGUCGAUUUGAUUACCUUAUUGAAAAUAUUACAUAUCUUUUAUCUUUAUGUGAAUACGGUGAUCUACAUUUACGUGGUGCAUGUGCAAAUUUACUUGUUACAUUAAUUCAAACAACAAAUCAUCUUUUAACACUAUCAUCAUUAUCAAAUUUAUUUAAUAAUUCUUUUAUUAAUUAA